CAAGUGAUAGAGCGCAACAUGAGCAUAACUCUGUGUUUAGCAAAUGUGCAGCACUCACAGGAUGGCUGAAGAGCAACAUCACAGCAGCUUGGAUCGACAAAUGCCGAACUAAGGUUCAUGCUUGGGAAAUAGAGCCUCCAGGCUGCAGGAGGGAGGAAGUACGGUGUGUAUAUGUGUGUGCGUUUAAGCCUGGGCAGUGACGCACAAGUGAUGGGUCCAAGGAGGAAGGCCUCUAAGCUCCAGCCUGUGGUGGGCAGCAGUGGAGGGGAACUGGUCCUGAGACCUAGUGAGCCCAAAGACUACAUCAAUGAGCUGUCCCAUGAAGUCCUCUGUCAUAUAUUCAGGUAUCUUCCCAUGAAGGACAUCAUGUGUAUGGAGUGUCUGUCCAGAAAGCUCCGGGAAGCUGUUACUCUGUACCUGCGAGUGGUAAAGGUAGUGGAUCUAUGCGCUGGUCGCUGGUGGGAGUAUAUGCCUUCAGGCUUUACAGACAGCAGCUUUCUGCUCCUUUUGAAGAAGAUGCCAGAUCUGGAGCAGCUCUAUGGCCUCCAUCCUCGAUACCUGGAGAGGAGACGAGUCCGAGGCUACGAGGCUUUCAGUAUACCUGGAGUCCUGGAAGCACUACAAGCCUGUCCAAAUCUGCUGGGUGUGGAGACAUCCCAUCUGGAGCUGGUAGAAGCCAUAUGGAACUACAUGCCCCAGGUUCAUAUACUGGGAAAGUUCCGCAACCGUAAUGGGGCUUUCCCCAUUCCUGCAGAGAACAAACUGACCAUCCCCAUAACUGCAAAGAUCCAGACCCUACAUCUAGUGGGUGUGAAUGUCCCAGAGAUCCCGUGUGUGUCCAUGCUGCGCCACCUUUACCUGAAGUGGGUCCGUCUCACCAAACCACAGCCGUUUAAGGACUUUCUGUGUGUGAGCUUGAGGACCUUUGUCAUGCGGAACUGUGCAGGGCCAACCAACUCGCUCAAGUAUGUUCCCCUGGUUACUGGUUUAGCAUCAGCACGGAACCUGGAGCAGCUGGAGUUGGUGAGAGUUCCCUUCCUGGGAGGGCUGAUCCAACAUGUGGUGGAGGAUAGCUGGAGGUCAGGAGGAUUUCGCAACCUCCACACCAUUGUGUUUGGAGCCUGUAAGAACGCUUUGGAAGUGGACUUGGGCUACCUCAUCAUCACUGCUGCUCGAAGGCUUCAUGAGCUGCGUAUCCAGCCUUCACUGACUAAAGAUGGAGUCUUCUCAGCUCUCAAAAUGGCUGAACUAGAGUUUCCUCAGUUUGAGACACUGCAUCUGGGUUACGUGGAUGAGUUCCUGCUGCAAUGCAAGAUGAGUCACUCGGAGCUGGUGAAGUAUGGUCUGGCUGAUGUCAUUGAGAACCCAGGCAUCAUCACUGAUAUUGGCAUAAAGGUGGUGAACGAGGUGUUCACCAAUAUUAAAUACCUGCUCAUCUACAACUGUCCUCACCUGCACAACCCUCACCACUGGAUCACAGAUCAGUCCAGAUGGAGUCGUCUUGUUGAUCUGACUCUGGUUCGCUGUCAUGCUAUCAAACUGGAGUCCUUCUCCCAGUUCAUUGAGUUACUGCCCAGUCUGGAGUUUAUCUGUCUGGACCAGAUGUUCAGAGAACCACCCAAGGGCUGUGCUAGGGUGGGCCUGAGUGCAGGAACUGGUAUUGGUGUGUCCUCAGCACUUGUCAGCAACCAGAACUCCAACAAUGACAAUGACAAUAACAACAACCACCACCACCACAACAAUGAGGCCAACCUGCCGCCUGCUCCUCCACCUGUCAACAACAUUAACAAUAACAACCAAAGACAACAGCAGCAGCAGCAGCAGCAGCAGCAGCAGCAGCAGCAGCAACAACAGCACAAUGUACCAGUGGAAGUAAAUGGGAUGGAGGAUGAUGAGGAAGAGGAGGAGGAUGAGCUGAUGCUGGAGGAGGAGAAUAUGGAGGCUGAGCCUCAAAUAGAGCUGAAAGGAGCAGAAGGGGAGGUGAGAGUUGAAGAAGCCGAUGUGGCUCCAGGGCCCAGUCGUCCGGCUGGAACAUCACAACCUCCUGAUGAGGAGCAAGCAGGUCCCAGUGGUUUAGUCCAGCAGUGCAGGCCAGCUGGUACUGCUGUUCCAAAGCCCCCACUGGUCAUCUCAGACUCUGACAGCGAGGAAGAGGAAGGCCUUGUUUCAAGGCUAAUGCCAGCAACCUGUUUGCAGCAGCCAGCUUCCUGUGCAGAAGGUAAAGGAAAGACCCCUUUGAGGCGGAGCAACAAUGUGGCUGUAUCAGUGGCAGUCUCGGCAGAUCAGACAAAGGCUCAGGUGUUAGAAAGCAGCUGUGAGAAGAGCUGUCAGGUGACCAGUGAACAGAUCAAGGCAGACAUGAAAGCUGCUGCUGAGAACAGCAGGAGGACUAGCGGUAAAGGAAUUGCUACUGAGACUGUGGAGACUACUGGGAGACCUGGGGCUGACGGUGGGACAGUACGGGGCACUGGGAGUGCUGGGGCAACAGCAAGGACCGCAGUGAGACCAGUGACUGGAUCUGUGGGCAGGGCUGGGCCUGGAGCAGCUGUAUCCAGGCAGGUGGGUGGAUGUGGAAGGGUGGUGGCAGGGACUUCCCACAGAGCAACCACAACCACGGACAGAGCAACAGCAACUGGCAGGACUAAUGACAACACAGAGGGCCCCUCUGGAGAACAGGCAGGGGACAAUUGCACAAGGGAAGCUGUGGUGAGACAGGGCUCUGGUCCUGCCUGUGCGGACAGUCUGGAGCCCAGAGGUGCUGCUGUAAACCAUGCCUCUAGGAGACCACUAUUGCUGGCUGGACAGGGAGAGAGACAACCUGCCCCUGCUGGAUAUGCUUCUGCUACAGGUUCAGGUUUGCAGCAGGGUCAGGCCAGUGAUGAGGACUUUGUUCCUAGACGACCUUUGACCCGAUCUUGCACUCGUAUGUCCUCUGUGUCCCUGAUAUCUGAGACAGAUCUUUCAAGAGCCAGACCUCGAGUUACAGUGAGGAGGAAACGAAUGGCUGACAAAUCAACCAGCACCUCAGACCCAGUCACUGAGGAUGACCACGUACAGAUUUUGUCUCUGAAGAGUAAGAACCUGGUGGGCAUCACUCUGACCAACUGUGGAAUCACUGACCUGGUCCUCAAAGACUGCCCCAAGAUGAUGUUCAUUCAUGCCACCAGAUGUCGAGUUUUGAAGCAGCUGCGAGUAGAAAGCGCACCCAUAGUGAACAGGUUUGAUUACGCUCAGUGUAAGAAGCUGGACAUGGAACAGGUCCUGGAUCAGAUACUGAGAAUGCCUCCUGAGAGGAACCGCAUCAUCUACAUGCGUCCUAUGCACCAGAUUGACUCAGUAGCAUUGGAGCGUCAGCUCUUCCAGGGGCCCUAUCCCUAUCACAUCGCUAUAGUGCACGAGUUCAGCAACCCUCCAAAUAUACGCAACAAGGUUCGCAUUCGCAGCUGGAUGGACACCAUAGCCAACAUCAGCCAAGAGUUGAUUAAGUAUGAGUUCUUCCCAGAGGCCACCAGGACAGAAGAGGAUGUGAAGAAGUAUCCCAAAUACCCCUGGGGUCGUGACAUCUAUACACUGGAGGGAGUAGUGGAUGGGGCUCCCUACAGCAUGAUAACAGACUUCCCCUGGCUGAGGACUCUGAGAGCAGCUGAUCCCAACAGCUACGCCCGCUAUGACUUUGAGGAUGAUGAAAGCACCACCAUCUACGCACCCCGGCGUAAAGGCCAGCUGUCAGCUGACAUCUGCAUGGAGACCAUUGGGGAGGAGAUCUCAGAGCGCCGACAGAGCAAAAGAGGAGUGUUUCAGAGAGUGGUGGUGCUCUUCCUCCAUCACUGUGAUACACCAGGAGAACCUGUGGACGAUGACUACAUCUGAAGACCACAAAACACCUCUUUGUUCGUCACAUCAGGAGGGAUCCCGACAGAUGACAGUCCUGCUGCAGCACUGCCUGAUCUUCUGAAUGCAUAUGCUUUUUGAUGGUUUUAUUUGGAGAAGAGACAGAUGUUUAGUAUGGUGGGAUGAGGUUCACAACAGCGCUGAAUUUGUUAUUAUUUGAGCAAAAUCUUGAAGCAUGUAUAAGCGCCUUAGAAACAGAAAUUCUCAAAUAAAAGCAGAGCAAAAGAAGAGUCACUGAGAUGGUGGAAAUAAUGGCUAAAAUGGUAAAUUCAGCAGAAGAUACUUUUGUCAUUGAGUGAAUGAAACCAUUUGCUUUCAACAUGGCAUGGUUAGGAGUAAAGGCCUGUCUCUAACAGUCCUGUUCCAAGUAAAGGCCAUUAUUAAGAGCAUAAGCCCAGCUAGUGUUUUAAGCUGCUUGUCUUCGAUCAUGCAGAGAAGGAUUCUGCUGUAGUGUUGGUCUGAUCUCUCACCUGUCCGCUGCCAUGGUCUGCCUACCUCUGUACCACACAAGACCAGUCACAGACAGAAAUGGCCUUAGACAGAAAUGUCCAAAAAAAUAUGCUUUUAAUUCAGUUUUAAGUCAUCCUUUGGAUAUUUUUUGGUGGUUCUGGAUGGUGGAUGGUAUGUGUCUUAGCUUUGUGUUUUACCUCCGCAAACACCAAAUGGUGAAGAGACAAAAAUAUGUUGGAACAGUUGCAGAUUAACUUCCCUGCAGUUGAUUUUCGUACAAAGUGUCAGUCCUCUUUGCACUAAAAGCCCCGCUGCCAGGGAACUUCUCUUGGAAAAUGAUGGAUCAGAUGACGGCUCACAGUCUCACAGCCAGCCUGACCUGGACACAAAUCACAAUACCCCCAUGCAAAUAUAACAUGCCUACAUGGCUUUGUCAUGUUGAGAUGCUAUAGUUAACACUGACUGAGCAGCAUAAAGGGAGCUGAUGCACAUUCUAAAACAAGCUUUGUUUCAGUCGAUCAGUUCUGACCUUUCCCAGUGACCAAACAAAAUGCUUUUGAUUGAAUAGUUCAGCCUUGGUCAGACGUCCCAAAAAUGUAAGAAUGAACAUGUGAUGCUACGUUUAGUUGCUCUCCUCUCUCUUUCAUCAUCAUGAUAAACUGGGCAACCUAAUCUCCAAAAAAGUUGGAUGUAUGUAUGUUGGCGAAUGUUGGCAUUGUACGUUUCUGCAAACCAUGGACAUGUUACAUUUGGACCUUAUCAUGUGGCAGCACUGUGGUUAACAUGUGGUUAGGGUUAGGCACAAAAGAAACAGUUAUGUUUUGGCUUAAAAUUGGUUUCAGGGAAACUCUCCCCACUGGAAAAACAGCCACAGGUCGCUUAAAAAAAAAAGUAAAGACUCGUUAGACCGCAGCUUGGCAGGUAUCUCACCAUGUGACACACAAUCCACCAUCCCCUCCAUUUCCCAAUCCCCACCUCAUACACUACGUCAUAUUAGAAAUGUUGAUAUGAUGCAUAUAUUACGUGCAAAUGUAACGUUUGUGGUGUCCAGAAAUGUACAAUGCAAACAUUAUCUUCUGGUGACUGGGCUGUACUGGCAGGUCCUGGUGUGUUAGAGAGCAAUGUACAACUUAAAGUUAAUGUGCACAAUUGCAUAAACAGAGUGACCACAGGAAACCAGAGUGUUGUUGAAGUGCUUUUCAAAGCCAGUAUUUUGGUUGUCAGCGAUGUCCAGUCACAGUCAGGAUGUUUCAUAGUAGAAGUACAUUUAUGUAUGAUGUUGCCACUGAACAUAUCUGGUUUGCUGAUUAAGCAGAUAAUGAGGCUAUAUUUUGUUCUUGACACUUUUUGUUUUAGUAGGUUUGUUUUUUCUUAUUUCCAUCUCCCUACUGGGAUUGUAAAAGAAGAAUGGGUCAGUGUUGUUUACCUGCAUCCAUACAGUAUAUAUCACUUGGAUAUAGCUGAUGACCAUCAGGCAAAGGGAAGAAAUUGGAACAAUAUAGCAAACAAAGACACAACAAAUCUCUCUAAGAGAGAGCUAAGUGCUCUGCCUGUCCCCUGAUGCUUAUCUUCUUAUCCAAGUCUUUGUGAUGGCCUUCAUGGAGGGAAAUCAGACUGCUAGAUUGAAAUUGUAUAUAAUAUAACAGAUGGAGCUACUCCUAGUUCUAAAAUAGUGUGGAGUGUGCCCUUGAGCUGAACUGAACCAUCAAACUGAUUUUUUUUUUUUUGUACUUAUUUCCAUUGCUACAGAUUCCUACCCUCCAAAAGGUGCUGCAUUACUUUUUCCUCUAGCUUCUCAAAGGAAUCCGAUUAGUUGUCUUAUAAAGGAUUUCAUUGGUCAUGUACAGUAAAUGGACAGCUCUGCCCUGUAGGACUGUAAAGACAGUGGAUAGAACUGUCUUGGUUCAGGUUGUGGGUAUUCCUCAAAUAUGGAAAAGGGUUUGGGUUCAACAAGAUUAACUAAUGGUGAAUGUCGACUGUUCAAGGAGGUGAAAAUUCUUUUUGCAGGCUCAAUGGACUGAAUAUGAUGCGAGUCCAGCCUUCUGUUUAUGUAUUGACAACUGUACAGAUGUCAUGGAUGACGAUAUGCUUCCAUGGUGUUUAUAUGUUUAUAAUGAAAGAACAAGACUAUUUCACAUACUGAAAAUAAAAUUAUGGAAAAAAG